AUGGAUUGCGGGAAACUUCUCGCGGUAAUUGUGGCCUUGAACCUUGUGACAACAAUUGUUGCUCAAAGCGACGCCGGCUGUGUCACCGAGAACUAUGAGUACGCCCACGGCAAAGUGGCCGAAUUUUGCGUUCUUCGUGGGCUGCAAGACGAUGUAAGAACCGCACGGCAAGAACGGUUCGCCAACGUAGCGGUCCUGUACGCGCGGAUUAAAGAGCUACCGGCCCAUUUCUACUCCCGUUUUCCACAUCUGGAACUGUUGGUCGUACGGGACAGCUCCCUUGAUUGGUUAGAUAUAAAGGGAGGGGUCCGGGUUAUCCACGCCGAACGCAACAAAAUACGCUCGCUAAGAGUCGACGGUACCAGCGAGCUGCGCGAGCUUUAUUUACGGGCAAACCCGAUUGAAAGCGUCGCAAGCGGCGUGUCCAGUUUGCCCAGUCUGGAGAAGCUGGACCUUAGCGAUACCGCCAUCGCCAAGGAAGAAACUCUCGAGGUGAACAGUUUUGCUGGGCUAAACAACCUCCAAGAGCUGUAUUUGGUCGAUGUGCGAGCAUAUUACUUCGAAAAUGAGAAGAAUCGAGUGUUGCCCAAUCUGCGACUGUUGGACGUGUCGCGAAACACCUUCAUCCCGACGAACUUCGACCUGCGGCUGUUUCAAGCAUUCCCGCGAUUGGAAGUCCUCAAUCUCAGCCACGGCUCGAUGACCGAUUUAAGUAUUUCGAACAUUCGUAGCGAUUUU